GUCGAACGUGUAGUGACCUCUCUCCAGAGAGAGUCAUAUCAUGUUGCUGGACCACAAGGUCUUUGGCUAAAGUAAUCAAAUUUAUUUGGGAAGAGAAAUUAAUUUUUUUAAAAAAGAAAAGGAAAUGUGUACUGCGUGGAAAUGUGGAAUAGCUGGUCUUGAGUAGAAAAAGGGUGCGAUAGAACUCCUCUAACUGUUUCACCCAAAAAAAACUCAUCUUGUAUGCAUGGUUUUGGAGUACUAUAAAAACUGACCUAUUCCCACAACGUUAAUCCUGGCUUGCAAAUGUCUUCAAUACCACCAUCACAACUACGCCGCCUCCUAUUCCUCCUCGCCGCCGCAAUUCUAACCUCCUCCUCCCUUUCCGCCGCCGUCUCCUCCGAAAAUUGCUCCACCUACGCCUUCCGCUCGAACCGGACCUUCAGCUCGUGCACCGACCUUCCCUACCUAGACGCCCACCUGCACUGGACCUACGCCCCGUCCACCGGAAAAGUCACGAUCGCCUACCGGGCAAAACAGGCGCCGCAAGGGUGGGUUGCGUGGGGCAUCAACCCUUUCGAGACGGGCAUGGUCGGCACCCAGGCACUCGUCGCCUUCCGCGCCGCCAACGGCACCAUGACGGCCUACACCACCUCCAUAACGAGCUACGACCCGUCCCUCGGGCCCGCCAGAGUCUCGUUCCGCGUCUCCGGGUUGUCGGCGGAGUACGCCGCCGGAGAAAUGGUGAUUUUUGCGACGGUCGGGCCGUUGAGGAACGGGAGCGUAGUGAAUCAGGUGUGGCAGGCUGGGGACUCUGUCUUUGACAAUGUCCCCCUGCCGCACCCCAUUUCGCCGGCGAACCUUCAAUCAUGGGGUGACAUUGAUUUUCUCAUGUACUUAUCAUAACAAAAUAACAACUAAUGGCCUAAGACUUUGUGGUCAAACGACAUAGCUUUAACUCUAUGAAAUGAAAGGUCAUAGAAUCAAACCAUAAUGGAAAUAUUACCUCUUUGUACUUCAGUAGAUUAAAAAGGUAUGCAUAAACAAAUACUCCUACAGCAAUACAUUACAAUAAAGUUAAUAGUUCAAG